AUGCUUCUAAAAAAUAUAUCUUUAAUAAAGUGUUUGCAAUGUGUACAGUUGAAUAUAGUAGUUCUAUUUAGUAACAAAAAAAAUACCUUUUCAAUUUUAAGAAGUUACAGUUCUUUUGAUAAAAUAUAUGAAAAAGAAAAAGAAAAUUCAUAUGCAUCAUUUUUUUAUGAUAAUACGGAAAAACAAAACAAUGAAAUAUUUAGUGAUUUAAAAAACAGUAAAUGUGGAAAAAGUAUAGAUAAUAUAAAAAACAAAAUAAAAAUAGAAACAGAUAGUAAAUACACUUAUACGCAUAUUGAUACAGCAAAAGUAAAUCCAUUUAAUAUCUUUAGUAACAAAAUAUAUGAACAAGAAGACUUUGAUAUUAUUAAAGAUGAAAAUGAACAAGUAAAAAGUGAAAAUUAUCAAGGUAAAGAUGAAGAAAUAAAAGAAGAUGGAGAUAUGGAAGAAGAAUAUGAAGAAAUGAAAGAAGAAGACGAAAAUAUGGAAAAAGAAUAUGAAGAAAUUGAAGAUGAUAUUGAUACUUUAUUAUUUACCAAUAGCUUAAACUCAAGUUUUAUUGGUGAACUUUGGCAUUCUUCUGCCAAUAGCUUAUAUAGAAGUAAAGAAAAUAUGAAUAAUCUAAAUUUAAAAAAAAAAAUUAUUAAUAAUAAACGUGAUCUUCAUAUUUGCAAUGAUGAAGAAUAUUCAAAGAAUUUUAAUGAUGAAACUAUUAAAAAUACUCUAGAUCAAAUAAAUUAUAAAAAAGAAAAAUACCUUAUCAAAGAUACCAAAUAUGAAAUUAAUAAUGAAAUAAAAAAUAAAAUUGAAAAUACUGGAAAAAAUGAAUUUAAUUUAAAAAGAGAGAGUAAUUCCAAAAGAAGUGGCAUGGAAGUUCAUCCUUUUAUCAACGAAAUAUAUGAAGAAGAAAAAAAUGAACUUGAAAAAAUGAAGGAAUUUUUUGAAAAAAAUGAAGAAAAAUUUAUGAAAUUUAGAAAUUCAAUUUUAUGUAAAUUAAAAAUAUCAGAAGAGUUAGCAAAAAAAUAUAAGCAUUCAAGUAAAGAAGUAAGCAUACUUAAAAAAGAGAAAAAUAAGGAAGAAUAUUAUAAAAAUUUAAUUGAUUCCUUAAAUUGUACAAGUAAUCAACAAGAAUAUAGUGAAAAAAAAAAAAAAAAAAAUGUGAACUAUGACAACAUUGAAACAAUAAAAAUACUAGAUAUUGAUAGUUUACCUUGUAAUGUAUUAAAUCAUUUGUUUGCUUACAAAAUUGUUAAAAAUUGUAGUGCAGAAUUAUGUUUAAAAAUAAUAAGUAGAAUUGGAAUGUAUAGAGAUAAAUAUUCUCAAGUGUCAUAUGAAAACAUGAUUAAUUAUUUAGGUCAAAUAAUAAAUAAUGAUAAAAAUGCAGAAAUAAUUGCACUAUUUUCUAGGUGCUAUGAAACAGUAAGUAUUCCAUUUUUAGUUAAUUAUGUAAGAAAAUAUGGUAGCUUUUCAAGAUCUUUUAUUGUUAAUAUGUAUGAUAAAUAUUUUAAAAAAAGAUUAUUUGAUUUUGUUAGAUAUGAAAAUAACUUGGGUAUAAGAAAAAUACCAAACAUAUUAACACAUCCAUAUCAUUUAUCGUCAUACAUUAAAUUAUUAGGUGAAUGUUCAGCUAAAAAGGAUAUGUACAUACAACUUAAAAUAAGAGGAUUUAUUCCAAGUUCUUCAAAUUAUUAUGAUGAAAAAAAUAUACAAGAGAUGGAUUAUUUUAUGAAUCAAGAAAAAGGAAAAACGAAAAAAAUAAAUAUGGAUGUGAAUAAAAAGAAAUCUAACAAGUAUAUUGAAAGGCCAAAAAUGUAUGACGUUAUUUUAUCUGCUGAACAUUCAGGUCUCCCCAUUGAGCACUUUAUUGAGAAAUCAGAAAAAGAAAGAGAAAUUUUAGGAAAUUUUAACAAUUUAAUAGAAAACGUUAUAGGAUCAGAUAAGGAUAAUUCGAUAAAUAACCAAGUAUUAUCUGCAUCCGAACAUUUAGAGGAAAGAGAAAAUAUAGAAGAAAGAAAGAUAAAAGAUAAAUUAAAAAUUGAAGAUAAGGGAGAAUAUGAAAUGGAAUAUAAAGAAAAUACUAUUAGUAAAUAUAAAAUAAAAAAUCAAAAAAAUACUGAAGAAGAAACUUGCAUAAGUAAUGAUGAAAUUAAAAAUAAUAGUAUUGCAAAUGAAUAUAAUGCAAUAAAAAGUACACACUCUAUUAAUAAUAAUGAAAAAGAAGAAGAAGAAAGUAAUAAGAAUACAGAUUUUAUUCUUGAUGAAGAUUGUGAUAUUUAUUUAUAUAAAGGAUUCAAUAAAUUAAAUAAGUCAUCUUUUAAACUUCAAACAACCUUAGUGAAAUCAGAAUAUGACAAAAAUAAAAAUGACUUAGUCCCAUAUUCAAAUAACAGUGAACAUUUUGAAGAAAUAGAAAAGAAUGAUGAGUCUUUAUGGGAAUUACCGUGGAAAACAAAAAAAAAAAAUUCUUUUUUUUUCAAAGGCCGCUUUUUUAAAAUUUUACCAAAUGAAGGAUGGUCUGAAAUUAAAGAUAUAUCAAAAAAAUAUAUAAGACCAAAAAGAAAAAGAACAAAACAUUUUAUUAGAAGAAAAAGAAUUUUACAAAAAAAAAUUAAAAUUAAUUUAUUUAAAAAAAAAAUUUUAGAAAAUUAUAACAAAAAUAAAUAA